UUGUGGUGCUCGGGGCUUCACUCCCGCGCGCGAGGCGAGCGAGCAAGUUGGUUGCGGGCGUGCGGCGGCGGCGGCUCCUUUCCUCACCGUCUCGACCCUCGGCGGUGCAAGGCAUGAACUGAAGCCCAGGAAGGACGGAGACCCGAGCGGAGUCGGGGAGCAAUAGCAGCAGUCGUCUCUGCGGGGACCAAGCAGAGAGUCUGCACUGAGCCGCGACCCCGGCGCGUUUCUCUCCCCGUCGCCGUUCCCACCGCGCUGUCGGCCGUUUGUUAAGAGACACUGAAGCCGCGAGACCCAACAUACAAAAGCCGUCUUCUCGCCACCCGCCCAGCGAGGCAACGGCCAGCAAAGGACCCCACCUGAGGGCGGCUCGGGCUGCCGAGUUCGUUUUGUGUCUGAUCUCCGCGCCCCGCGCGGUAGCGACCCCGUGCUCAUGGCUCUGAUCAUGGAACCCGUGAGCAAAUGGUCUCCGAGUCAAGUAGUGGACUGGAUGAAAGGUCUUGAUGAUUGUUUGCAGCAGUAUAUUAAGAACUUUGAGAGGGAGAAGAUCAGUGGAGACCAGCUGCUGCGCAUUACACAUCAGGAACUAGAAGAUCUGGGGGUCAGCCGCAUUGGCCAUCAGGAAUUGAUCUUGGAAGCAGUUGAUCUUCUGUGUGCACUGAAUUAUGGCUUGGAAACAGAGAAUCUAAAAACCCUUUCUCACAAGUUGAAUGCAUCUGCCAAAAAUCUACAGAAUUUUAUAACAGGGAGGAGAAGGAGUGGCCAUUAUGAUGGGAGAACCAGCCGAAAGUUGCCAAAUGACUUUUUGACUUCAGUUGUGGACCUGAUAGGAGCAGCCAAGAGUCUGCUUGCCUGGUUGGACAGGUCACCAUUUGCUGCUGUCACAGACUAUUCAGUUACAAGGAAUAAUGUCAUACAGCUCUGCUUGGAAUUAACAACAAUUGUGCAACAGGAUUGUACUGUGUAUGAAACAGAGAAUAAAAUUCUUCAUGUGUGUAAAACUCUUUCUGGAGUCUGUGACCACAUCAUAUCCCUGUCGUCAGAUCCUCUGGUUUCACAGUCUGCCCACCUAGAAGUGAUUCAGCUGGCAAACAUCAAACCAAGUGAAGGGCUGGGUAUGUAUAUUAAAUCAACAUAUGAUGGGCUCCAUGUAAUUACUGGAACUACAGAAAAUUCACCUGCAGAUCGGUGCAAGAAAAUCCAUGCUGGCGAUGAAGUGAUUCAAGUUAACCAUCAGACUGUGGUGGGGUGGCAGUUGAAAAAUUUGGUGAAUGCACUACGAGAGGACCCGAGUGGUGUUAUCUUAACUUUGAAAAAGCGACCUCAGAGCAUGCUUACCUCAGCACCAGCUUUACUGAAAAAUAUGAGAUGGAAGCCCCUUGCUCUGCAGCCUCUUAUACCUAGAAGUCCCACAAGCAGCGUUGCCACGCCUUCCAGCACCAUCAGUACACCAACUAAAAGAGACAGUUCUGCUCUCCAGGAUCUCUACAUCCCCCCUCCUCCUGCAGAACCAUAUAUUCCCAGGGAUGAAAAAGGAAACCUUCCUUGUGAAGACCUCAGAGGACAUAUGGUUGGCAAGCCGGUGCAUAAGGGAUCUGAAUCACCAAAUUCAUUUCUGGAUCAGGAAUAUCGAAAGAGGUUUAAUAUUGUUGAGGAAGAUACUGUCUUAUAUUGCUAUGAAUAUGAAAAAGGAAGAUCCAGUAGUCAAGGAAGACGAGAAAGCACCCCAACUUAUGGCAAGCUACGACCUAUAUCUAUGCCAGUGGAAUAUAAUUGGGUGGGGGACUAUGAAGAUCCAAAUAAGAUGAAGAGAGAUAGUAGAAGAGAAAACUCUCUACUCCGAUAUAUGAGCAAUGAAAAAAUUGCUCAAGAAGAAUACAUGUUUCAGAGAAACAGCAAGAAGGACACAGGGAAGAAGUCUAAAAAGAAGAGUGAUAAGAGUAAUAGCCCGACUCACUAUUCACUGCUACCUAGUUUGCAAAUGGAUGCACUGAGACAGGACAUCAUGGGCACGCCUGUGCCAGAGACCACACUAUACCACACAUUUCAGCAGUCCUCUCUGCAGCACAAAUCAAAGAAGAAAAACAAAGGUCCUAUAGCUGGCAAGAGCAAAAGACGAAUUUCUUGCAAAGAUCUUGGACGAGGUGACUGUGAAGGUUGGCUUUGGAAAAAGAAAGAUGCAAAGAGUUAUUUUUCACAGAAAUGGAAGAAAUAUUGGUUUGUCCUUAAGGAUGCAUCUCUAUAUUGGUAUAUUAAUGAGGAGGAUGAAAAAGCAGAAGGAUUCAUCAGUCUGCCCGAAUUUAAAAUUGACAGAGCCAGUGAAUGCCGCAAGAAAUAUGCAUUCAAAGCGUGUCAUCCUAAAAUCAAAAGCUUUUAUUUUGCUGCUGAGCAUCUUGAUGAUAUGAACAGGUGGCUUAACAGAAUCAAUAUGCUGACUGCAGGAUAUGCAGAAAGAGAGAGGAUUAAGCAAGAACAAGAUUACUGGAGUGAGAGUGACAAGGAAGAAGCAGAUACUCCAUCAACACCCAAACAGGACAGCCCUCCGCCCCCUUACGACACAUACCCACGACCUCCCUCUAUGAGUUGUGCCAGUCCUUACGUGGAAGCAAAACACAGCCGGCUCUCUUCCACAGAGACCUCUCAGUCACAGUCCUCCCAUGAAGAGUUUCGCCAGGAAGUGACUGGGAGCAGUGCUGUGUCCCCCAUUCGCAAGACAGCCAGUCAGCGCCGCUCCUGGCAGGAUUUAAUCGAGACGCCCCUGACAAGCUCAGGAUUACACUAUCUUCAGACUCUGCCCCUGGAGGAUUCUGUCUUCUCUGACUCCGCGGCCAUCUCCCCAGAGCACAGGCGGCAGUCCACCCUUCCAACUCAGAAGUGCCACCUACAGGAUCACUAUGGGCCGUACCCCUUGGCUGAGAGCGAGAGGAUGCAAGUGUUAAAUGGAAAUGGGGGCAAACCUCGAAGUUUUACUCUGCCUCGAGAUAGCGGGUUCAACCACUGCUGUCUGAACGCACCCGUUAGUGCCUGUGACCCGCAGGAUGACGUGCAGCCCACAGAGGUGGAGGAAGAGGAGGAGGAGGAGGAGGAGGAGGAGGAGGAAGGGGAGGCAGCAGGGGAAAACAUAGGAGACAAAAGUGAAAGUAGGGAAGAAAAGUUAGGAGAUUCAUUGCAAGAUUUAUACAGGGCAUUGGAGCAAGCCAGUCUGUCACCACUGGGAGAACAUCGCAUUUCAACCAAGAUGGAAUACAAGCUAUCAUUUAUAAAGAGAUGUAAUGACCCUGUGAUGAAUGAAAAACUACACAGGCUGAGAAUUCUCAAAAGCACUUUAAAGGCCAGAGAAGGGGAAGUAGCCAUUAUUGAUAAAGUCCUAGACAAUCCAGACUUGACAUCUAAAGAAUUCCAACAAUGGAAGCAGAUGUACCUCGAUCUUUUCUUGGAUAUCUGUCAAAACACCACCUCAAAUGACCCAUUAAGUAUUUCUUCUGAAGUAGAUGUAAUCACUUCCUCUCUCGCACACACUCACUCAUACAUUGAAACGCAUGUGUAAGUGUAUUCUGCCCUCUGGCCAUCUGGUACCUUUUGGUACUUUGAAUAAGUAUAUGAGGUAGUUUUAUAUCAGUGUGUGGGACACUUGACAAGCUAUACUUUAAUGUUACCA